AUGUCCAUGGCCAAGCUCCUCCUCCUCGCAGGGCUCCACACCGCCGGCGCCCGCUUGCGCGGCACCGUCCAGGCUGCCUCGAUGAGCAGCCCCUCGCUCGCGCCAUCGCUUCCGCCGACCUACGCCAGCCCCGCACCAUCCCUCGCGCCGUCGUCUCCUGCACCGUCAUCGUCGAGCGCGCCGUCGUCGUACGAACCGUCGAGCGCGCCGUCGAGGCCGCGCGGCGCGGAGCCGAAUCCGCCGAACUGGCCGGAGACCGUGGCCGUCUUCGACGAGACGUCGACGGCGGAGGCCAUCGAGGCGGCCGUCGCCGCCGCCUACGCCACCAACGGCGGCCCCGGGGACCGCGGCCAGUUCGGCGCCGGGCGCUUCGCGUUCCUCUUCAAGCCCGGCGAGUACGCGGCGGACGUCCCCGUGGGCUACUACACGCAGGUGCUGGGCCUCGGCGCGCGGCCCGGCGACGUGUCCUUCGUCGGCGCCCGGGGCGUCUACUGCGUCGAGGGGUCGUCCGACUUCGCCGUCGGCGCGCUGAACACGUUCUGGCGCGGCGCGGAGAACUUCCGCAUGGCCCCCACGCGCGCGUGGUGGACCGGCGCGGCCGGCGCGCUCUGGGCGGCGUCGCAGGCGUCGCCGCUGCGGCGCGUCGACGUCGACGCGGACCUGCUGCUCUUCCAGUACGAGCGCGGCGACGCGGCGGGCUACGCGAGCGGCGGCUUCGUCGCCGACAGCGUCGUCCGCGGGGCCGUCCGGAGCGGGUCCCAGCAGCAGUACGUCGCGCGGACCUGCGACUUCGCGCGGGGCUGGGUCGGCGGCGUCUGGUCCCUCGUCUUCGCCGGCGCGGCGGGCGCGCCGGCCGGCCGCUGCGACGAGCCGUCCGCGCGCGGGCCGGACCUCGCGGUCGCGGCGGCGCCGACGGCGCCGGCGGCCGCCGAGAAGCCCUACGUGCGGUGGGCGGCGGACACGGCCUACGAGCUCGUCGUGCCGGCGCGGCGGUCCGACGCCGCGGGCCCGAGCUGGGUCAACGGCGACGACGGCGCCGCGACCGUCGUCGGCUUCGACCGCGUCUACGUCGCCGACGCGUCCGAGGACGACGCGGCGUCGUUGAACGCGAAGCUCGCCGCCGGCCUGUCGCUCGUCCUGUCGCCGGGCAUCUACGACCUGGACGCGCCCCUCGUCGUCGCGACGCCGGGCCAGUGCGUCCUCGGGCUGGGGCUCGCGACGCUCCGAGGCACGGACGCGACGGCCGGCGCGUUGGUCUCCGUCGAGGCGCCCGGCGCGCGCGUCGCGGGGCUCAUCCUCGAAGCCGGGCCCGCGCCCCUCGACGCGCUCCUCGCCGUCGCCGCGGCGGCGACGGGGACGGCGCUCUUCGACAUUUACGCGCGGUCCGGCCGCUUCCGCGAAGGCGCGGCCGAGGCGGGGAAGGUGGACACCAUGGUCGCCGUCGACGCGGACGGCGUCCUGGGCGACAACGUGUGGCUCUGGCGCGCGGACCACGACGCCGAAGGCCUCGUCUACGACGGCGCCAACGCCGUCGCGAACGGCCUCCGCGUCGCCGGCGACGACGCGACGUUCUAUGGCCUCGCGGUCGAGCACCAGCUCGAGGACCUCGUCGUCUGGGAGGGCGACAACGGGACCAUCUUCUUCUACCAGAGCGAGCUGCCCUACGACGUCGACAGCUACGACUUCGCGGCCUACCGCGUCGCGCCGGGCGUCGACGGCCACGUCGUCUACAAUCCGGGCGUCUACGCGAACUUUCGCGACCACCCCGUUGUUGCGCCGUCGGGCUUCGUCGGCAACGCGACCUGGGUCAACCCGACGACCGUCUUCCUCAACGGAGAGGGGUCGAUCGCGUCCGUCCUCAACGGCGCGGGCGACGCCGUCGGCCCGGGGCUGCCCCAGAUCGCCCGGCUCUGCGGCGCGCGCGUAUAG